AUGGGUCUCAUAAGUUUCAAGCCUAUUCGUCAUAAAGCAAAUGAUCCCAACAAUGUCUGGUACAUUAUUGGAGGUGUCAUCAUUGCCAUGCUUUCAGUUGGUAUUAUUAUAAUUUUAGUAGCAGUAACAAUCAGGGAAAACGCAGUUCAGUUCGAGGUUUCAAAACUCAGAAGACUAUCUAUUAUUGUGAAACGUCACAAACGAUGUUUACAAGCAUUGAGUAGCAACAGUCUGAACGUCAUAUUAUUGACCCCCAAGUUAUUGAUUGAAAAGAACAUCGACAUCGUCACUAAUGAGAAUCUCAUUGAUGGGAGAACAAAAUGUGUCAAAUUUGAAACGCACGCUUUUGAUGAAGUCGGAAAUUGA